CCACAAACGAGGAACGUCCUCUCCAAACCUCCGUCACCCCUUCCCUCAAUCAUCCCCAUCCAUCCCCGAGAGGAGACGUGAGACACCGACUUUCCCGUCGUCGAGGUUCUGCCUGCCUCGUCUCCGUCAAUCGCAAACCGCGUUCCCGGAUCGAAUUGCUGCGAUAACAGAGAGCCUUCCCCCGGAAGGCCCCUCAUACCCCAGGCGUCAUGGCGGACGUCCGGUCCAAGAACCUGUACGAGCUUCUUGGAAAUGAUCCCGAGUUAGACCCCAACAGAGAGCCUGAGCCUCCCACAAGGGCUCUGGACAAGCCUGCCCCCCGACACGGCAAGCGUGACGCUCCCAAGGAAGCCCCUUCUCGCCCUGAGGGACAAACUUCUCGCCGUGGUCCCCGUGCUACUGGCAAUGAGGCUGCUUUCCGCGACCGCAACGCCGGCAGCCGCAGCAACCGUGAGAAGCCUGUUGAUGAGGCCGGCAAGGAGUCCAAUGUCCGAUAUGACCGUGGUGGACGCCCUGCCCGUCGUGACCGCCAGUCCCGCACUGGUCAGGCCGACACCCGCAAGCAGGUGAACCAAGGCUGGGGCAACCAGGAUGGUGAGAAGACUUGGGACGACGAGAAGGCCGCCGACAACAUUGCCAAGGCCGAUGAGAACGAGCCCCAGACCCCUGCUGAGGAGUCUGAGGAGCCCGCCGACAAGUCCAAGUCUUUCGCCGAGUACCUUGCUGAGAAGGCUGCCCGUGAGGACCUUGCCGCUAAGCCCGUCCGUGCUCCCAAUGAGGGUACCAAGACCGACAAGUGGGCCAACGCAAAGGAGUUCAAGCGCAAUGAAGAAGAGGAGGCCUACAUUCCGGGCAAGGAGAAGGAAAGCAAGGGCGUCAAGCAGCGCAAGGAGAAGACCUACCUCGACGUUGACAUGCGUUUCGUUGAGCCUCCCCGCACUGGCGGCGGCGCUCCCCGUGGUCGUGGCCGUGGUGGUCGCGGUGCUGGUCGUGGCGACCGUGGCUCUGGCCGUGGUGGCCGUGGUAACGGACCCCGCAGCGAGCGUCCUGCCCCCGUCACCGUUGACGAGAAGAACUUCCCCAGCCUUGGUGGCAAAUAAAUGAACUCGCCCGUUUUCCCACAAAUGCCCACACAUUUACAUGAUCUUUGGGAAACUCGGACUACGAUCAGAGAAAUGAAGCAGAGCUUGCACUUCGGAUUUUCCUUUCAGGAAUGUCAGGGCGCAUAUGAGGUGUUGCAAAGGCGGGACUGAGAAGGAUAUAUCCGUAUAGGUCUCUUUUUCGAACAAAAAUCGGCUCCCCAUGUACUUUGAUUUGAAUGUCAAAAAUAGGAAAGUGAAAU